CAAACCCGGAGGCAGCAUCUCCUUCUCCUCCUCCUCCUUCUCCUCCUCCUCCUCCUCCUCUUCCUCCUCCUCCUCAACUCUCCAUCACCGGACCGCCGGCACCGUGGGGCUGACAGAGCCGGCGGUGACACCUGCAUCAUGCCCGCUGAGCAGCUCGUGCCGGGCCGGGUGUCGGUUCUUCCACCAAAGGGGGGAUUUACGCGGAGCAGCGGAGUUCUGAUGGAUCCGUGGCGCAGAGAGCUGUAACUGUGAGGCGACGCAGGAAAACUUACUAUUUGGAGCAGAUAGUUAUUGUGUUUUUUAUUUUUUAUUAUUAUUUUAUUAUCAUUAUUAUUAUUAUUCUGAGGAGCGCGCUGCGGUGGAGUGGACCAUCACGGACAUCUGCUGUGCGCACCGUGACGCGGAACUCCUCAGUCUGGAUUAGUGCGUUCGGGUCUGAGUGUGGGUUCUUCUCCAGGAGAUGCCACCCGUCUCCUGCCUUGUUUCUCCGCAGGUCGUGAUGGAUGGUGCGUCGUGAGGAGGCUCCGGGCUGCAGUGAUCUGAGUUUGGACUUGUUGGUUUUUGUGCGGGUCGUGGUCGUGCUUGUCCCUCAUGCAGCUCCUCCGGCUGGUCUGGGUCCUGACUGCCGCGGCGGUCUGCUUCCUGCUGCUGCUGCUCUUCCACAACCACAUCCUCAAAGAAGGUCAGCUGGCGGCGGGGAUGUGUGAGGUCGUCACUCUGGACCGGGACAGCAGCCAACCGAGGAGAACCAUCGCCCGGCAGACGGCCCGCUGCGCCUGCAGGAAGGGCCAGAUCGCCGGGACAACACGAGCCCGACCGGCCUGCGUGGAUGUUCGUAUCGUCAGGAGUCGACAGUGGUGUGAGAUGAGCCCGUGUUUGGAUCAUGAAGGUUGCGAUCUCCUGGCCAAUCAGUCGGGGUGGACCUGCACCCAGCCUGGAGGCCGAGUCAAGACCACCACGGUCUCCUGACAGCGGCAGCGAGGAAGAUGAUCCAUGAAGGAGGAAAGUUUCCCAUCAUUCAUAGUCCAUUAAUGCAAAAGCAGCGCAUCCAAUGCCGCCGCUGCCGACAGAUCAUUACCGCCGUCAGAGCCGUGGGGGUAGAAACCAGCGCUCCCUGUGGUGAACUGAUGAAACUGCAAGAAAACAAGCAGCCUGAAGUCAAGAAAUGACUAUUUAACAGGAGAGUUUCAAAACAGCGUCAGACAGUGAUGAAACAGAUUUCCUUUAGUUUGUUGAUUUCACAGACCAAAGAUGAACAGAGCCAACCAUGAGACGAAUGUGGGGGAGAGCAGACCCCCCCCCCCCCCCCUUCUCCCCCAGUCACCACCGAAACCAUGUAAAGACAUGAACACAUAAUGAGAACAUAAAAACUACACAGAGUAAUAUGAGUAAUAUGAGUAUUGAUAAAACAUGUGUCUGUGUGAGGAGCGAUGAAGCUCUUUAUUUCUGUCGGGACCAGCCAGCUGUUCAUGUGCAGAAAGAGAAGAUGAAAAGUCACAUCAGACAUUUUUAUGAACAGAAAAUAUGAACUCUGUGCACUUUUAGCAAACACCUGCGGACAAACUCUGAAGAAUAGAGAUGGUAAUACAUAACAUGGCAACCCGGCUGAUGUAUUUUUUAUAUAUAAUGAUGUAAAUUAAUUGUUUAUAUACAGUAGUUAAACAUAAACACAUUAAAUGAACCUCAGACAAUAAAAUGUAUCAUAAAACACAAAGCGUUUUUAAAUAUUCAGUCUCAUGUUUCCUGUAGAAAGUGUUAAAUUCAUUUUGCGCUCAGA